UUUCCAUUUUCCUCCAUUUCCCCCCAAUCUUUCCCAAAUUUCCCCCAUCUGCCCUCAUUUUUCCCCAAUUUUUCCAAUGCUCUGCAAUUUCCCCCCAUUUCCCCCAAAUUUUCCCCAUCCCACCAUGUUGUCCCAAUUUCCCCAUUCCCCCCAAAUUUUCUCCUACAUUUCCCUGAAAUUUCCCCAUUUGCCCCAGUUUUCACCCAUUUUUCCUCUGAUUUCCCCAAUUUCCCUCAAAUUGUCCCCAAUUUCACCCCAAUUUUCCCCCUAUUUUACUCCCAUUUUCCCCAAAUUUCCUCAAUUCCCCUCCAAUCUCCCUCCACCCCCCUUCACCACCCUGCAUUUCCCACAGGUCCCAGAAGCACUGCAGGAAGUGACGGUCAUUUCCACCCCCACCGCUCUCCACCCCCCCCCGGGGCACCGCAGCCACCCACAGCUUCCCCCCACAGGGCCACAGGAGCGCAGUGGGGAGCCGUGGGUGCCCGACAUGCUCAGCUCGGAGGAUGAGGAGCCCACGCGGCCGCUGCUGUGGGUUUGGGUCCGGAGGAGGAGGAGGUGGAGGAGCUUUCCCAACACCGAGAUGUCCUCUGGGUCCUCCUGCUCAGACGCUGAUGAUGGAUGGACAACCACAACAACAGAGGGUGCAUCCAUGGAGGAUGAUGGUGAUGAUGGUGACGAGGAAGAUGAGGACGAAGAUGGGACCAAAAUCAAGCCCCGCAGCAUUGCAUCAGGACGGAGAAGAACUGGCACCUCCUGCACCCAGUGUGGGAAAAGCUUCCGCCAUGCUGCGUCGCUCCGACGGCACCGCCGCCUGCACCGCCGUGCGCAGCCAUCCCCAUGCACCCGCUGUGGCCGCGUGCUGAUGUGCAGCUCCGCCCUGGAGGACCACCAGAAGAAGCACUGCCGACCCCAGGCCCGGCACCGUUACUUUCCCUGCGCUGACUGCGGCAAGCAGCUCUCCUCCAAUGCCGCGCUCAUCACCCACCGCCGCAUCCACACUGGGGAGCGGCCCUAUGGCUGCCCCGACUGCGGGAAGCGCUUCAUGGCCAGUAAGUCACUGGGCAAGCACCGCAAGAGCCACUCGGAGGACGGCUUCUUUACUUGCCCUGACUGUGGCAAGAAGCUGACGUCCAAAGCCACGCUGCUCACCCACCGCCGCAUCCACAGCGGGGAGCGGCCCUAUGGCUGCCCCGACUGUGGGAAGCGCUUCAUGGCCAACAAAUCGCUCAGCAAGCACCGCAAGAGCCACAUGCUGCCAGGCAGCAAUGCCAGCAGUGCUGCAAACACAGCCUACGUGGCACAGCUGCACAUGCACCACAAUCAUGCACCAGAACUAAAUGCUAAAUACAGGCAGAGCUCAGCCCUCAGUGCAACACCUGCACAGCAGCACCGGCAGCACAAGGAUGUGAUGCCCCAUCACUGCCUGCAGUGCGGAGCUGCAUUCCGGCUGCAUUCGGCACUGCUGCUUCACCAGAAAAGCCACACGGUGCCGCGGCCACACGCCUGCAGCGACUGCGGGAAGGCAUUCCGUGAAGCCGCCACGCUGCGCCGGCACCGCCGCAUCCACACUGGGGAGAAGCCGUACAGCUGCCAAUACUGCGGGAAGAGCUUCCGCGCCAGCUCCACACUCAUCAUCCACCAGCGCAUCCACACCGGCGAGAAGCCGUACCCGUGUGGCAGCUGCACCAAGCGCUUUGUCUCCAGUUCGUCACUCAUGAAGCACCGCCGCACACACCAGCGCCAAGCACCAUGAUGGGGUCGGUUGGUUCCCCCUCACCACGGGGCUCUGAGGGGCUCACAGCCCCCUCCCACAGAGCUCUGCCGUGUCCUGUUGCUGGCCCACAAUUUUAUGGCUUU